AUCCCAAAGGCAAGACCGACCCGACCCACUGCAUAUGUGGAAACCACUAUUGAUCAUACUGUGCAGAGUGCCAAGAUCAAACUUGGCUUCUGAGCCCUUACGUGAAACCUGCAAAGCAAAUGCACGAUUUCCACAUGGGCAGGUACGAGUGUUCAAUCCGCACAAGCAUCCCGGUGAAAUUCGCCGACCACCGGGUAAAAUUCUAGCUUGUAAGAGUUGGGGGGGGGGGGGGGGCUGUGGCGUGCGCGGUGCUUUCCGCUUCUGUGCUGCAUGGUCUUGAGAGCCAUGGCGGCUGCUAGCAUGCGGCCACCAUUAGCUCUGUUGCUUUCCCUGGUCGUUUCUUUCGUCUUCUCCCCUGCUUCCGCGGCCGAUACCAUCACUGCUAACUCCUCCCUCGCCGAGGGCCAGACGCUUGUUUCGGCGGGUGGGGUUUUCGAGCUGGGCUUCUUCGCCCCGGCGAGCGCGACGGCUAGGUUCUUGAGCAUCUGGUACAAGGACAUCGCUCCCCAGACCGUCGUCUGGGUCGCCAACCGGGAGGCUCCGAUCACUGACACGACGGGGACCUUGGCCCUCAACGGCAGCGGCCAACUGGUGCUCGCCGACCGGUCGGGGCGCGUGUUCUGGUCGUCAGCGCCGUGGAGCGUGAACAGCACCGGCGCCUCGGUGGCCCAGCUGCUGGACAGCGGCAACUUCAUGCUUCGAGACACUGGUGCCGCGGGUGGCGUUGUCCUGUGGCAGAGCUUCGACCACCCGUCCGACACCCUGCUCCCGGGCAUGAAGCUCGGGUGGGACCUGAACACCGGGCUCGACCGGUACCUGACGACGUGGCGGAGCCCCAGCGACCCGUCGCCGGGCGACUACACGUUCGGGAUCGACAUCCGCGGCGUCCCCGAGGGGUUCAUACGGUACGACGGCGUGGUGCCGGUGUACCGCAACGGGCCGUGGAACGGACUGCAGUUCAGCGGCGAACCAGAGAUGGAGCCCAACAACAGCAACUUCCGGUUCGAGUUCGUCGCCAACGCGAGCGACGUGUACUACACGUUCCUGGUGAACGGCGGCGGCGGCGGCGUCGUGUCGCGGUUAGUGCUGAACGGGUCGAGACUGCAGCGCUACGUGUGGCCGCCGCGGGGCCAGGGGUGGAGCCUCUACUGGUCGGUGCCGCGGGACCAGUGCGACCACUACGCGCAGUGCGGCGCCUACGGAGUGUGUGACUCGAGCGCCUCGCGGAUCUGCGGCUGCGUGCAUGGGUUCGCGCCGGCAUCGCCGCGGGACUGGGCGCUCAGGGACAGCUCCGCCGGGUGCGUGCGCAGGACGCGGCUCAACUGCACCGGGGACGGGUUCCUGCCGCUGCGCGAAGUGAAGCUGCCGGACACGACGAACGCGACGGAGGACGCGACCAUCAGCGUUGAUCAGUGCAGGCAGAGAUGCCUGGCCAACUGCUCUUGCUUGGCCUACGCUGCUUCCAACAUCAAGGGAGGCGAGAGCGGCUGUAUCAUCUGGAACUCGCUGCUCAUAGACAUCAGGCAGUUCUCCUACGGUGGGCAGGAUCUGUAUAUUCGUCUGGCGGCAUCUGAUCUGCCUUCCAUUGGAGACGGUUGCAGCAGGAAAAGCACAGUUCUCGCCGUUGUCGUAAGCUUAGCCGGUGUUCUUCUUUUGGGGUUUGGUGGGUUCUUCAUCUGGACCAAGUUCUUCAGAAACAAAGAUUCAGGGACGUUUCAGAGCGCGCAGACGCAGAGGCUCACCUCAUUUGACUCCAGUGCUCCUCUUAAUCCGGUCCAAAACAGGAAGAUGGAAGAUGAAUCCAGCCAAAGCAAAGACCUGAAUGUCACUCUCUUUGACAUCAGCACAAUUGUUUACUCCACUGACAAUUUUGCGAGGCAGGCUAAGCUUGGAGAAGGCGGCUUUGGCGCAGUCUACAAGGGGGAACUAGGAGGAGGGCAGACGGUGGCGGUGAAACGGCUUUCGAAAUACUCGACGCAGGGGUUGGAGGAGUUCAAGAACGAGGUCAUGCUCAUCGCGAAGCUGCAGCAUGUGAACCUCGUCAGGCUUUUGGGCUGCUGCGUCCAUGGAGAGGAGAGGAUUCUGGUGUACGAGUACAUGGAAAACAAGAGCCUCGACAACUUUAUCUUUGAUAAGAAUCGAUCAGCACAGCUGCAUUGGUCCAAGCGGUUCGACAUCAUACUCGGUAUCGCACGGGGGCUCCUGUACCUGCACCAGGACUCCCGGUACAAGGUCAUUCACCGAGAUCUCAAGGCCGGCAACAUCCUCCUCGACAAGGACAUGAAUCCCAAGAUCUCCGACUUUGGCGUGGCGAGGAUCUUCGGCGACGACACCGACUCGCACACCAGAAAAGUCGUCGGCACAUACGGGUACAUGUCUCCGGAGUACGCGAUGGACGGCGUCUUCUCGGUGAAGUCCGACGUGUUCAGCUUCGGCGUGCUGGUCCUCGAGAUCGUCAGCGGCAGGAAGAACCGGGGCAUGUACAGCAGUGGCGAGCAGACGAGCCUCCUCAGCCACGCGUGGAAGCUGUGGAGGGAAGGCAACGCGCUGGCGCUGCUGGACGAGGCGGUGGCCGGCGCCGGUGCGCACAGGGUCUCGGAGGUGCUGCGGUGCGUGCAGGUGGGGCUGCUGUGCGUGCAGGAGAGGCCCGAGGACCGGCCGCACAUGGCGGCAGUGUUCCUGGCUCUGGGCAACCCGAGCGCGGUGCUCCCGCAGCCGAGGCACCCGGGCUACUGCAGCGACCGGGGCUCCACGUCCACCGACGGCGAGUGGUCGUCCACCUGCACCGUCAACAACGCCACCGUCACCAUCGUCGAAGGCCGGUGACAUCACGUGGCGUCAGUAGUUUUGUUUUCUGUGCUUUUUGCGAUUUGUGAAUAGCGUGACAGAAGAAGCAUGUUUCAUUGGAGCAGGAUACAAAGGGAAAUUUCACAUAGCCUUGCGCGUACAAGAUUUAUGAGGACUA